UCAGUAUUCUUGAAGGCAACACUGGAGAGAAGCAGUUCUAGCGCUUCCAAGCUUUUGAUCUUUGGGAGAAAUCUCUUGCUGGUUUACUUUCUGAAACCACAAUGGUGUCCUGCGAGGAGCUUGAAUGCAUUAUCUGCUGCAAUGAAUACUCCCGCACUACGAGGGUCCCCAGGGUCCUUCACUGCAAGCACACCUUCUGUGCCCCUUGCCUGGAGAAAAUGUCCAUCUCUAAAGGGGCCCUCUACACCGUCUCCUGCCCUCUGUGCCGCUGGGUUACCUGUGUCCCAGCCCGCCUGUCUGUGUCUGGGGCUUUGUGGAUCGACACCGAGAUAUGGGACCAAAUCACUGAACAAAAGAUGAAGAAGAAUCCUUCGCUGAAGAAGUUGGAAAUAGAACAAGCUCAACUCAUCCAGUCACCUCUACCUUGUGCAGAGAGGACUAAUUUCAUAUCUGGACUCCAGCGGCUUUUCAGCUGCGUGCCGCUGCAUCAACGUGUGGAGAUCUGCUGACUCUGUGGAAGAAAACAUCUGGAGGGUCACAUCUACGAAGUGGACUUGGAGCGCUGUAUGGAUUUAGAAGGACUGCUCUCACCUUAUGUCAAGUUUGUCUGACAUUUGGCUGUGGGUAAAUUAAGCCAUCCAUGGUUUUUUUUCUUUUUUAAAUGGAAAAAAAGAAAAAAGGUUCUAGUCCAUAUAAAAGGAAAUUAAAGGAAAACCUCAAGUGUUAUAUGUAAGGAUGUGUGAAAUAGUUUUCCUGUAAGGAAUAAUUUAUUAUCCUAAUGGUAAUGUUGGAUAUAUUUAUGUAUGAAAUGUAAUUUUAUUUGUUUUAAUUACUUGUGAUUUGAAUAAUCUUACAUUACAUACAUCUUUGUAUAUAUGUAUAGAUAAAAAACAUAUGUACUGUAUCAGGCAUCCUGAGUUUUUUUUUUA